AUGAACCAUGACAAAGGUGCAUUCGGUGGACUUUCAACAUCUCUGAAGGCUGAGCUCGAGCCACAGCAUGCUGACCUCUUACUUUUCGCUUGUUGUUUGACUUCGGGACUUGUGGAUAGCACGAUAUAUAGAGCCUACAACACUUUUGUGUCUAUGCAAACAGGGAAUACGAUCUUCGUCGGGCUGGGUGCAUCGCACCAAAACCUUCGUCCAUAUGGCUGGGCACGCUCACUCACGUCCAUCGGCUGUUUCAUCCUUGGAUCCUUCAUUUUCGCACGUCUACAUCGCAUCCUAGGUGCUCGGCGGCGAGGGUCGCUGAUGCUGUCUUUCCUGUUACAGGCUAGUAUAAUCCUGCUUACAGCUGGGCUUGUUCAAGGAGGUGCCGUUUCUAGCACGCUAGCCGGCAAAGGAUCGGAGACAAUACCCCCAUGGGAUCAGGAAAUCCCCAUUGUUCUUCUUAGUCUCCAGUCUGCCGGUCAAAUCGUAGCGAGCCGUGCAUUGGGAUUCAAUGAGAUGCCGACCGUGGUGAUUACCAGUCUUCUCUGCGAUCUAAUGUCGGACCCUCAACUGUUUCUUGUGAGGAAUGUGAAACGCGACCGGCGAAUCAUCGCGUUUGUGUUGACGCUUGUGGGCGCCAUCGUCGGCGGAUGGGUCACCAAGGUCACCGGAGCCAUUUCUCCUAUUCUUUGGUUAUCGGCCGGUAUCAAGGGCUUGCUCGUCUUAGCAUGGGCCUUUUGGAAAGCUAAGUAG